CGCGCGCGCAGAAACUGCAGCGGAAUGAUGAAAGGAAGUAUGGAGAGAUUUAAGGAUUUGUUUUAGCUAAAAAACAAGAAACAAGAAACAAGAACAUCUUGAAAUCCGCCUCAGAAAUGGAGACAAUAUUCAGUCCCUCCGACUUUCACAUGGAGUUUUAUUUCUGAAACAAAAAUGACUGAUGAUUUACAGAUUGUAUUUAUUUAGUGAUUUACAUCAGAUUAAUAUCAGAUUACACACACACACACACACACACACACACACACACACACACACACACACACACACACACACACACACACACACUUGACUUUAACUGAAGCUGAGCUGAACACUGCACGAUGGCGCAGAGGUAUGAAGACUUAGCGCAUUACAGCAGCAUGAUGGACAGCGUGGGUGUAUACGGAGAGCCACACACACACCACCACCUAAACCAUGCUCCACCUCACACCAAUCAGCAGUAUGUGACAUCACACGGCAUCAUGGCGGGCAUCAUGGGCACCAACGAUGGACUGAAGAGAGACAAGGAUCAGAUUUAUGGUCAUCCUCUGUUCCCGUUACUGGCUCUGGUGUUUGAGAAGUGUGAGUUAGCGACGUGUACGCCGCGGGAGCCGGGCGGGGCUGGGGGAGACGUGUGUUCAUCAGACUCCUUUAACGAAGACAUCACUGUGUUUGCCAAACAGAUACGAGCAGAGAAUCCAAUUUUCUCAUCCAAUCCAGAAUUGGACAAUUUGAUGAUUCAAGCAAUUCAAGUAUUACGAUUCCAUUUGCUGGAACUGGAGAAGGUUCAUGAGCUGUGUGAUAAUUUUUGUCACCGCUAUAUUAGCUGUCUGAAAGGAAAAAUGCCAAUCGACCUGGUUAUCGAUGAUCGGGACGGAUGCAAGUCUGAUUUUGAUGAUCUAACAUCCACACAUCUAUCGGAUCACAACACAGCGUCAUGGAGAGAUCUGGAUGACAAUCGCUCGACUCCAUCCAUCGGGACACCGGGACCGUCCAGCGGAGGCCAUGUGUCUCACAGCGGAGACAACAGCAGUGAACUAGGGGAUGGUCUGGAAAGCAGUCUGGCUUCUCCAGGGACAGGUGAUGAGGAGGAUCCUGAUAAGAAGCGACAGAAGAAACGAGGGAUUUUUCCCAAAGUGGCAACUAACAUCAUGAGGGCAUGGCUAUUCCAGCACCUCACACAUCCUUAUCCAUCAGAAGAGCAGAAGAAGCAGCUCGCUCAGGACACAGGACUUACCAUAUUACAAGUGAAUAACUGGUUCAUUAAUGCACGCAGGCGGAUCGUACAGCCCAUGAUCGACCAGUCCAACCGAGCAGUGAGUCAGGGAACUCCCUUUAGUCCUGACGCUCAGACGUUGGGGGGCUUCAUGUUGGACGGACAGCAGCACAUGAGCCUUCGACCACCUGGUGCGAUGGGAGGAAUGGGCAUGAACAUGGCGAUGGACGGACAGUGGCACUACAUGUAACAGGUGUGAACAGGUGUGACACACCAGUCUGAUCCUCACACACGUCACAACACACACGGACACAGACCUCCAGUAAGAACCUGAAACACAUCUAACUGCUCUUUUCAGUUUUCACUUCCCUCCAUCUUUUCUUUCGCUCCGUCUGGUGAGAAAAUCGGAUUAGCAUUCAGUCGUAAUUUUGCUCUGAUAUUCCUCCGUCUCGGCUCUUUCAGCCUCGACACAAAUGAAGACGUAUGAUACACUCACAGAGGCGAGUUUUAUUUAACACACACACCACACACACACACACACACACACAC